AUGUCUCAGAGUUCUGUCAAGGAUGCCGAUAUAAGUUGGUUGUAUGUAGAUACAGCUUAUCAAGAGCUCAAAAAUGGAACUCAGAAUGUGAAAACCUCAGAGAGUACUUUCAUCUGUCCCUACUGCCCUCAGAGAAAACAGGAUAGUUCAUACAGGGAACUCCUAGAACACGCUUUUGUGGUGGAUCGGACUAGUCCCAAAAACACAAGUGCCAGAGAGAGGGCUAGUCAUCUCGCUUUGUUGAAAUAUUUGGAAAAGGAUAUUGUGAGCCUGCAUGGACUGUCAAAACCCGUCUAUAAAGGUGAUGGUGAUCAUGUUGAAUAUGCAGAAACUGUGGCGGUCGCGCCUCAAUGCUCUAACAAGGAAUCUGGAAUAAGUUGGUUGUAUGUAGAUAAAUUCUAUGAAGAACUCAAGCAGGGAAGUCUGAAAGUGAGAAUCUCAGAUGAGACAUUCGCUUGUCCAUACUGCCCGAAAUUGAAAAGAUCGGGCUAUGUGUACAGGGAACUCUUUGAACAUGCUUCUGGGGUGGGUCAGAGUAGUUCGCAAAAGACCAGUCUCAAAAAGAAGGCAACUCAUCUGGCUUUAAUGAAAUAUUUGAAAAAUGAUAUAAUUGUGAGUGAAGGUGAUUCUCCUGUUAAGGAAGCAAUUAUUCAAAAGAAUCCAACAAAACCAGCAAAUGGAGGCAUUCUUGUCGAUUCUGAAAAGCAGUUUGUGUGGCCGUGGACUGGAAUUGUGGUUAACGUUCCCACGAGAAUGACAAAACAUGGGCGAUGUGUUGGUGAAAGUGGUACUAAGCUAAGGGAUGAGUAUCGAACCAGGGGCUUUAAUCCUAGUAGAGUCUGCCCACUCUGGAAUUCCUCGGAUCACACCGGAGCUGCAGUCGUGGAAUUCGAUAAAAGUUGGUUAGGGUUAUAUAACGCAUUGGCAUUUGAAAGGGCGUAUGAAUUAGAUCAUCACGGGAAAAAGGAUUGGCUUUCUCAUUCCGAACAAAAAUCUGGUCUAUACACGUGGAUAGCCCGAGCUGAUGACUAUCAAUUGCACAAUGCAAUCGGGGAACAACUACAGAAGAUGGAUGUUAAAACAAUACCUGAAAUCAUGGAACGCGAUGAAAGAAUGUUCAAUAAACUCGUGUCUAGUAUGAAUGACAUUCUCCGUGUAAAGAAAAACAAGAUAAAAGAAAUGGAAGUAGAAUGUGACGAAAUUACACUUGGCAUGGACGCUGUAAUAGGCGAAAUAGACAGACUCUCUCAAUCUCAUUGUGAAGAGAAGAAGAAAAUACAGUCAAGUGCAAGUCAAUACUUUCAGAGUGUUUUGAAUGGUCAUGAACUACUAAAGUUGCAACAAGAAUCUCAGAAAAGAGAACUUGAGUUGCGAAGAAUUGUACUGGAAAUACGUGAGGAAAAUAAUGAAAGUGAAAGAAAAAGGUUGGAACAAGAGAUUAAUGAGACUUCAAGGAAAAAUGGGUUUCUUGAAAUGGCUGCUCUGGAGCAACAGAAAGCUAGUGAAAAUGUUUUGAAACUUGCUGCAGAUCAAAAGCGGCAAAAAGAACAACUCCAUGCAAAAAUCAUCCAGCUUGAAAAACAAAUAAAUGGGAAACAAAAACUGGAAUUGGAGAUUGAGGUACUAAAAGGAAAAUUAAAAGUGAUGAAGCACAUGGAAAAUGAUGGAGAGUUUGAUGUUCUGGAUAAGAUGUAUGCUUUACACAGAGAUUUAAGAGAAAAGGAACGGUCGCUUCGAGACAUGGACGCAUUAAACCAAAAACUGAUCGCUAAAGAGCGUAAAAGCAAUGAUGAAGUGCAGGAAGCUCGAAAGGAAUUGAUUACUACCAUUAAAGAGAUGCCGAGUCCUGGUGAUAUUGGCGUGAAGAGAAUGGGGGAGCUUGAUGAUAGACCAUUUUUAGAAGCUAUGAAGAAGAAAUUUAAUGUGGAUGAUGCAGAAGAUAGAGCUUCUGAAAUGUGUUCCUUAUGGGAAGAGUAUAUGAAGGACCCUGACUGGCAUCCAUUUAAAAUUUUUACAAUUCAAGGGAAACAUCAGGAAGUUAUAGACGAUGAAGAUGAAAAGCUGAAAGAACUCAAGAACGAGAUGGGAGAACAAGUCCACGGAGCUGUGGUGGCAGCUUUGAAAGAGAUAAAUGAAUAUAAUCCGAGUGGGCGGUAUGUAACCUCCGAGUUAUGGAAUUAUGCAGAGGGAAAGAAAGCAACUUUGCGAGAAGGAGUGAAACUUUUAUUGAAACAAUGGAAAUUAAAGAAACGAAAAAGGGGAAGGAGAUGA